AGAGGCAUUUCCAAGCCACAUCUGAUCACCUUACUAGAGCAGAAGAAAGAGCCCUGGAUGGCUGUGAAUGAAGAAACAGACAGGCCGAGCCCAGGUUUGGAGACAUGUUUUGAAGCUGAAAAUGUAUCUCCAGAGAAUCAUAAUUAUAAUAUCAAGUCACCCAAGCAAACCACACAGCAAUUAAGUAAAACUUUGAAUGCCCAGGGCUCCCACCGUAGUGUAUUCAAGGGGCAACGCAAUUGUCAAGAAGGAGAUGCUGCUCAAAAGAUUACUAACAAGAAAAAAUUACCUACUUAUACUAGCCAGACUCUUGCCCACAAUAUGGGAAAACCAUAUAAAUGUAAAGAUUGUGGGAAAUGCUUUGGUUGUAAGUCAAAUCUUAUUCAACAUCAGAGUAUUCAUACUGGAGUGAAACCCUAUAAAUGUAAGGAGUGUGGCAAAACCUUCAGACUCCAGCAACUGCUUUCAAGACAUCAGAAGUCUCAUAGUACUGAGAGACCUUUUGAAUGUGAUGAAUGUGGAAAGGGUUUUCAUCUUUCUACCCUGCUUAAGUACCAUAAAAAUACUCACACAGGUUCAAAACCAUUUCAAUGUGAGGAAUGUGGGAAGUCCUUCAACCGCAUCUCUACCCUUUUUCAGCAUAGAACCAUUCAUGCUGGUGUGAAACCGUAUAAAUGUAGUGUGUGUGGGAAAGCCUUUAAUCGUCGUUCAAACCUCAUGCAACAUCAGAAAAUUCAUUCUGGUGACAAACCUUUUCACUGUAAGGAAUGUGGAAAGGCCUUCACUGUUCUGGCCCAGCUCACUCGGCACCAGAACAUUCACAGUGAAGACAAAUCAUUUGAAUGUAAACAGUGUGGGAAGAUAUUUAGUAGUGGUUCUUAUCUCUUACGACACUACGAUACUCAUACUAGUGAGAAACCCUUUGAAUGUAAUGUAUGUGGGAAGGCCUUUAGGCUUCAUCUAUACCUUAAUGAGCAUCGGAAAACUCACACCGAUGAGAAGCCCUUCAAGUGUAAGCUCUGUGAGUCGGCCUUCAGACGUAAGUACCAGCUCAGUGAACAUCAGAGAAUUCAUACUGAUGUGAAACCCUAUCAGUGCAAGGAUUGUGGGAAAUUCUUUCGCCGACGUUCGAAUUUUACUGAGCACCAGAGUAUUCACACUGGAAAGAAACCCUUCGAGUGUAAGCAGUGUGGGAAGGUCUUUAGGCUUAAUAUACAUCUCAUUCGACACCAGAGAUUUCACAGUGAUGAGAAACCUUUUGAAUGUAAAGAAUGUGGAAAGGCUUUUCAUUUUUCCAGCCAGCUUAAUUACCAUAAAGCCAGUCAUACAGGUCAGACACCUUUCCAUUGUGAGGAAUGUGGGAAGUCCUUCAAGCGUGUCUCCAGCCUUGUGGAGCAUAGGAUUAUUCACAGUGGUGUGAAACCAUAUAAAUGUAGUGAGUGUGGAAGAGCCUUCAAUCGUCGCUCAAACCUCAUGCAACAUGAGAAAAUUCAUUCUGAUGAGAGACCCUUUGAGUGUAAGGACUGUGGGAAGGCCUUCACUGUUCUGGCUCAGCUCACACGGCACCAGACAAUUCAUACUGGAAAGAAAUCAUAUGAAUGUGAUCAGUGUACGGCAGCCUUCAGACUCCCAUAUCAACUAACUCAACAUCAGAGAAUUCAUUUGCUGAAAAAUCUUAAGAAUGUGGAAAGGCCUUCAGUUGAAAAUCAAGCUUGGUUUAACAUGCUAAACUUAAUAUUAUUGAGAGGCCUUAUAAUGCGAGGAAUAUGGAAAGCCUUCAGUAAUUCUAAGCUAGUUGUUUAA